AUGGCGGCCUCCCCGACGAUGGAGUCGCCAGUGAAAACGGUGCUGAAACUGCACUACGAGCGGUUCGCCCGCGACGCGUGCAUCCGCGUACGCAAUACCGUCGAUAUUUUGGACGAGAGAUUGGAGGUGAAAAGUGCCCCGGGCCUGGCGAAUCGCCUGCUGAAUGCGAAGUGUUGCCUGAUCAACCAACUGGCCGACCUGCUCGCCCGCGCCUACAACAUCUACCAGAAGCUGCACGACCUGCAGCCGUACAUCCGCUAUCUGGCCCAUCUUCGCCGGAAUAUCGACAGUGCCGCCGAAUUGGUGGCCAGGGAUUGCCGGAAACGUCAUCCCGAUGAUGGAAAGACUGAUACCCCUCGCGUCCCCUGGACGCCCAUCUUCACCAAGUCCGAAGUCUACGACAUCCUCGAAGAGCACGGGCUCACCUUUGAUCGCAUCAAUCAGAGAAAGGCGAGCACGACGCCCCCAUUGAGCAGCAGCUCAUCUUCAACCCUUCUCUCGCCGGAGACCUCGAGCUAUGUCAGCGCCCAGGAAUCGACACCACCUCCCAAAAACAACCGGGUGAAGGCCGUCAAGGGGACGUUUAAGGAUCCGCUGUUGGCAUAUUCUCCGAUCAAUACGUCUCGGCUGAACUUGUUGCUGUCGCCGCCGCCAUCGCCGCUGCCCGAUCGUCUCGUCUACUCGCCGCAGUUGCUCGGAAACGUGCUGAGCCCGUUGAGCGUCCUCGGCCGCCCCAGUCUCUCCUCUAUCGCAGAUUCCCCGCCCCAUCCCCCCAAGCCGCCAACUCCAAGCCGUUCGAUCGACUCGCCUCAGCCGCCCCCGCCCAAGCUGAAUUUCGACAUUGGCGAUGAGGACGAGGAAUCCAGCGAGGGA